AACGAAACGAGUUUGUCUUUUCGUUUCAACGGUUCUUGGGCAGUGGCUCCGACGAAUAAAUAAAAUACGUCACGUUGUAAAUGGAGAGCUUAUAAAUUGCAUUCUAGCUGAACGAGAAUCCGCGACCUUGUGUCGCCUGGCCAAUUAAUGUCUCGAUUUGUUAUUUCGCCUGGUGCUUUAGUUUUCUAUGUUUUUUAAGUGAAUUGCCAACGUAUAGUCAAAAGAUAUGGUUUAGCGGUGUACGGAGUUCAAUGAUUUGAAACAGAAAUAUAGUGAUAAUACUCUGUAAAAGUGUUCCGAAGGCUUCGUGGAUUCGGUGCAAAACGAUUUGACCUUACUUUUGAGUAAAGGAGUCCACCCACGCCGUCUAUUAAGAAGACUCCUACGCCUCGGCACAAACUGCGUUGUCGCCGAGACUAAAAAAAGGCGCUACGAUGAGAACAAAACUAGAUAGUUACGUUAUGUUGCUUUAGUUCACCUGUGUGCAUAUUUUAAUUAAGUUACUGUUAUGUUUAUACAUAGUUAAGUGCAGUAGUGGUGCUAUUCAUUGUUUUUUUCUUAUCAGAAUAUGUUUUGAUUUUUACUUAUCAAGGCUACCUGUUCGUGUGCAAUCAUUGAAGCGGCUCGGCAAACAGAUGGUACAUAUCAAAUUAAGUACACAAGAAUUUAUUAACACAUCAAUAUAAUGCAAAGCUUCAAGUUGGCGGUCUGAAGAGGUGUAUUACCAUAAAGAAGUUAUAAAAGUUAUCAAAAUAAAGAAAACAACAUCCCUGCUCUGCUACAAAGUGAGAAUGGAUGAGAAUGACAUCAUUUUGUCCUCCACCGAGAUAAUAAAAGACAGACUGUAUUUUGCGACCCUGAAAACGGGCUAUAAACCGAAACCCACUCGAAACAGUAAAUACUUCCAUAUAGAAGAUGAAAUUGUCUACGAGAACUUUUACUUCGAUUUUGGACCUUAUCAUUUAUGCCAUUUGUAUCAAUUUUGUAACAAGCUCAACGAUGAAUUGGAGAAGAACCCGAAGAAAAAGAUUGUUUUCUAUACUAGCAGUAAUGAGACGUUACGACUUAAUGCUGCUUACCUUAUUGGGAGUUAUCAGAUAAUAUACCUAGACGGUUGUCCCUCAACGGUUUAUAAGCAGCUAACAGAAGGCAGUGAGUGGUCCUUGCUGAGUUUCCGAGACGCGUCAGGUGGUCCUCCACUGUUCGACAUUUCACUACUCGAUGUGCUGAGAGGUCUAAAACUGGCGCACGAUGCCAGAUUCUUUGACUUCCAACACUUUGAUGCUGAACAGUAUUUAUACUAUGAGAAAGUAGAAAAUGGGGACUUAAACUGGAUAAUUCCUGAGAAAAUGCUAGCGUUCUCUGGACCUAAUCACCGGUCACGUUUAGAGCGAGGGUAUCCCUUACACAGCCCAGAGCAUUACCACCAGUACUUCCGUACCCAUCACGUGACUACUAUCGUCCGUCUUAACAAGAAGUCAUAUGAUGCUAAACAAUUCACAGCUCACGGCUUUGAACAUAGGGAAUUGUUCUUUGUAGAUGGCUCUGUGCCGUCAGAUCAUAUUGUCAAUAGAUUUAUAAGGAUCGCGGAGGCCGCUAAAGGUGCGGUGGCUGUGCAUUGCAAAGCUGGUCUGGGCCGCACGGGCACAUUGAUCGCGUGCUACAUGAUGAAGCACCAUGGGUUCGCGUCGCGCGAGGCCAUCGCCUGGCUGCGUCUCUGCCGACCCGGCUCCGUCAUAGGACACCAGCAGUGGUUCCUAGACAAUAUCCAGCUGCGUAUGCAGACGGAGGGCGAGGCGUACCGUCGCCGGCACAACAUCUCCUCACUGCCGGUGUUCGCCCGCGGCGUGUACUGCGACCUGCCCCCCGAGCCCCCCGCACCCCCUGCGCCCGCCGCACCCACCGCACCCGCCGCACCCCCCGUCUCCCUGCAGACUAUACUGCAUAGCAACAAGAACGGCAAGAUCGAUAAUGCUAACGUGUUAAAUGCCAACGAAGCGGACACAGAGAAUAAUGUGACGUCAGUAAUCGGCAAGUACAAGACCACGGCCACGCCGAUGCUGCCCACGAAAACUGUCUUCGCCUCCAAAAUGAACUAUAUGAUGCCCACAAAUAACAUCCGUAACGCUAACAAUACCAACCUCAAACCACAGCCCAGAGCUAUCAAUUCAACCCUAAAAUCACACUACGCGGCAAAAACUUCAACCUUCCCCCCAACUAGAGGCUCCAAUUCACAAGCCAGCAAACUAGUCGCCAGCGUCAAAUCCUCCUUCACAGGCAAAAAUAGCUUUCACGGACAAAGAGCUAACCUCGCAAGACCUACACUUAGCUAUUCCCACGGUAGCCCUUUAAAAACAUUUACAAGGAAAGCUGUCAGCGUCAGCAAAAUGACGUCAAACGACACGUCAGUCAUCAACACCCACAGUAACGUCACGUCACUGUCAGCUCUUACGGAAAACUGUCAUCUUAACGGAAAAAAUCGACUACCAUCAGAACCGAAUCUGAAAACUGUAAACCAAACGAAAACCGUAAACAACGUCACCGGUAGAAAGAAAUUAAUAAUUCGAUCUAAUUCGAGCUCGAGAAAGAAAUUACCGAAAAAUCUACCUAAAAGCGGACUAGAAGCGGCACACGAUCUGUCUUCCAGUGAUACUAAUAUCACAAACAUUUCCGCAGACUCUCUAGAUACGCCAUUCAGGUUUAGACGGAAAAGGGACAAAUCUAGCAGCCCUGAACCUAUGGACUGCAUCUCCAAUUCAGUCAUCACUGAUGACGUCACACCGGAUAAUUACGAAGAAACCAACAACUCCCAAGGGAAUAAACUAUAUAAAAUAAAAGCUUUGAGGAAAAAAUGCCCCACUUUCGGUGUCAGUCUCCUAAAACAAGAAAGAGUUCAAACACGGUCGAGUACUGGCGCGAGUACUUCGACUGUCAAAAAGAAAUGAUUAUCGUAUGAAAUAGAUUUAAUGGUUCCAUGUCAUAGAUAUUCUAAUAGUAUAGAGGCCACGCAUAGCGCGGUAUUAAAUGUUGAUAAAUUUGUUUAGGCGCUUUCUAACUUAUGCGGCUGUAUAACUUUUUAAAAUAACUUGGUAACAUGUAUGUCUAAACAAAUUUUUUCGACAUAUUUGUACAGAUAAUAUAAAAUGACUACACAAAGUAAUAGCCUAAUUGAGCGAAAAAUUUUACAAAGUACAUUAUUUUUGCGUUAGAUCGAUUUAUUAUCUAAUAUCGUAUUAUAUUUUGACAGUUUAUUGGCGUUUUAGAAUAGGAUUCAUUUUUAUUUACAAGACUUAAGGUAUUCAAAAUAUUUAUUUCAAGUCCCUCAUAUCUUACGAUUGACUAAUUUCUUUACAUUUUUUUGAAAAAAAAAAAGUCAAGC